AUGAGGAUCAAGAACCUAUACAGAAAACCAAUUACUACUGCUGCUGGAAGUAGAUAUUGUUCUAUAUCAGUUCUAAUAAUAUGGACCUUAUUGAUCUUAGGAUGCAUAUUUUUACUUCAUUUAUAUUCCAAUAUGAUUCAACCUCAACCUCUUGCUUCUUCUCAUUUUCAUCAACUCCAACAAAUUGAAAAUUACAACUUCCAAAUUCCACCACCUAACAAAAAGACCUUACCUCAAAUCAAGUCAAUUACACCAUUGGUUGAUGAAUUUUUGGAUCAAGAUUCAUCACUUAGAGAGGUUUUCUUUCCAAUGGAGACUAUAGGGAAAGGGAAUGAUAGUUAUUAUAAUUACUUCUUCCCCGGGAGGAUUUGGUUGGAUACUGAUGGAAAUCCUAUUCAAGCACAUGGUGGGUGCGUUCUGUUUGAUGAAAGUUCAAGCACUUAUUAUUGGUAUGGUGAGUAUAAAGAUGGACCUACCUACCUUGCGAAUCAUAACAAAGGACCUGCUCGUGUGGACGUUAUAGGAGUUGGUUGCUAUUCUUCUAAGGAUCUAUGGACCUGGAAAAAUGAAGGUAUUGUAUUAACAGCAGAGAAAACAAAUAAAACCCAUGAUCUACACAAGUCCAAUGUGCUUGAGAGACCAAAAGUUAUUUACAAUGAAAAAACAAGAAAGUAUGUCAUGUGGAUGCAUAUCGACAGCGCCAAUUAUGCAAAAGCUUCUAUCGGCAUAGCAAUCAGUGAUACUCCUAUUGGUCCAUUCGAAUACCUCGGUAGCCAAAGACCGCAUGGAUAUCAAAGCAGGGACAUGACAGUUUUCAAAGACGAAGACGGCAUUGCAUAUCUGAUAUACUCAUCUGAGGGAAACAAUGUAAUGCACAUUGGACCCUUGACAGAAAAUUAUCUCAACGUGACAUCUGUUAUGAGAAGGGUUUUCGUCGGACAGCGAAGAGAAGCACCGGCCAUGUUCAAACACAAAGGAACAUAUUACAUGAUUACAUCAGGGUGUACUGGAUGGGCACCAAAUGAAGCACUUGUUCAUGCAUCUGAUUCAAUCUUGGGGACUUGGGAAACAAUUGGAAAUCCUUGUGUUGGUGGAAACAUAAUGUUUCAGGUUUCGACUUUUCUUGCACAAAGUGCUUUUGUGCUUCCAUUAAAAACGUUUCCUGGUUUGUUUAUCUUUAUGGCAGAUAGAUGGAAUCCAAGUGAGUUAAGAGACUCUAGAUAUGUUUGGUUGCCUUUGAUUGUUGAUGGACAUGAUGAUGAUCAAGCAAUUGAGUAUGGUUUUGGAUACAGAUUGUGGGCAAGAGUUUCUAUAUAUUGGCAUAGAAAAUGGAAGCUGCCUCUAGGUUGGAACACAUUCAAAUAA